AUGGACGACAGCAGCGGGCCAAAGCGCGACAACCACACUCCCAGCUGUGCGGUCUGUCAACGCCGGAAAGUCAAGUGUUCCCGAACGUACCCUUGCACAGCUUGCACCAAGUCUGGCCUCGAAUGCGUCUUUCCGCCCCCUCGAAAACGAGCCAAACGAAAUCCAACUACCAUCACCGCUAGCUCGGAUGUACACUCGCCGGGUCGGACUUCCGCAGAUGGACAUCGAUCGCAUGCUGGUCAUGUCAAGUCGGCUUCCGUGAACAUCAAAGACCAUGCCUCCCCGGAGUCGUGCGGCAGUACUGUCGGUACCGCGGCGAGUGCGACCACCAACACUGCUCGUCUGGUGUCUGACGGAAGAUAUGUAAAUAACCACCUCUGGAGUGCCAUCGCUCCUGACCAGUCUGCUGGAGACGAAUCGCCGCGGCCCAGCACUGCCACUGAUCAACAAUCGAACUCGGUCGACUCACACGCGGCAAACGCCCGGACGGGAUCCUACACCUCCAAUGGAGAGGACAUGACCGAUGGGCGAAGUUUCGUGUUUGGCGGUGGCGCAUCGCAUAAUACCUCCGUCCAGCCACUACCACCGACGCACAUCGUCUAUUUGUGGCAGACAUAUGUCACGAACAUCGACCCGGUGAUGAAGCUCUCGCACGCACCAUCAGUACAGCACAUCGUCCUUGGCCAGAUCGGCCGACCAGCGCUCGGUCGUAAUGAACAAGCCAUGGCGUCAGCCGUCUACUUCAUCAGCGCAGUCUCUCUCUCCGACGAACAAUGCCGGCGAGACCUCCAAGACACGCGGGCGAACAUCCUGGUCAAAUAUCGCCAUGCCUCCGAAGUGGCCCUCUCCGCAGCAGGGUUCAUCACCACAACCGACGUCCUCGUCCUGCAAGCCUUCGUCCUACACCUCACAGCCUUGCGCUCGAUUGGGGACUUCCAAACAGUCUGGUCCCUUCUCGGCCUUGCUAUUCGCGUCGCUGGCACAAUUGGUCUCGCCCGAGACGGCACAUCUUUCAACCUCGCCCCAUUCGAGACAGAGAUGCGUCGUAGGCUGUGGUGGGCGCUCGUCUACUUCGACGGCCGCAUGGCGGAAAUCGUCGGUCAAGAAGGUGAUCUUAUGGGAAUCGACUUCGAAACCGGCUUUCCCGCCAACCUCAACGACAGCGAUCUGUUUCCCACCAUGUCCCGCCUCCCUGAGCCCAGUCGUGGACCUACGGAGUCGAUCUACCUGCAAGCUCGGGUGCUGUCUUGCUCCGUCGCCCGCAGUUUGCAACGGAUCGCUUCUCCACAAGGAACAUGGCGCAAUCUCCGCGACGCCAACAUGCCAGUGUCGGAGAAGAUCGAAGUUAUGCAGCGCAUCGAGAGACGGUAUCAGGAAGAAAUCCUCGGCCCUUGCGAUCCGACUGUCCCUCUUCAAUGGCUCAGCAUCAACACCGCCCGCACCUUCGCCACCAAACUCCGCCUCAUCGCCCGCAUUCCCGUCGUAGACCUCGACCGCGAAUGGGAAACAGCAGACGGCUGCUCCGAGAACGCAUUCAUCCUCUCCAUGGACCUCCUCCAAAUCCAACUUGACCUCUGGCUCGAACCAUCCGUGCAACCCUGGCGCUGGCACUGGCAAGCGCAUUUCCAAUGGUACGCGCUCGUCACGCUCUUGAAGCAGAUCAAAUACCCACGACCAGGACAAAUUCAGAGUCGAGCUUGGGCUCUCAUCAAGAAAGCGUUCGAGGUGAUCAUCCCGACUUUGGAAUUGGGAAAACGAAAGAGUUUACUGCUGGAUGGGAUCCAUGGACUACUGAAUGCGGCGAAGCGGCAUCAGAAAGAAAGUUCUGCUCCGAUCGAUCAGAAGCCAAUCAUACACGCUGGUCGGUAUAGUCGACAUGUACUUCCCAGUCCGCCGUUCAAGCCGAUGUCAGGGGUACCUGGUGGAGCCUAUAACAAUAGCGCCACUGGCUACGUGGGAAGCGGCUACGCUCAACGACCAGCCCCUGCGGCGAUGAACAUCAUGCCCGCGAUUGAAGUCGGCAGGAUACCGACCCCGCCGAACUUCUCGGGUGGCAGGAAUAUUCUGACCCCAGAUCCGGUGGUCGGCAUCGAUUUGGAUGCGAUUGAUUGGGUGGAAUUCGAUCGAUUGGCGGCAGCGUUGUGUCAGCAGGGAGUUGACUUGACGUAA